GACAUUUUGGAUGACGGGGGGCUUCAGCUGGUUGAAUUGAGCCCCAUGGACCCCAGGCUGGCUGACCCACGAGAGCCUCAGGAGCUCCAGGAAGGAGAAGUGAAGGUGACAUACAUGACCCACGCCUGCAUGGAGGUGCAGCUGGGCCAGAAGCGGUUCAUGUUCGACCCAUGGUUGAUAGGUCCUGCAUUCGCCCGAGGUUGGUGGCUUGUCCAUGAGCCUCCAGCAGACUGCCUGGACCAGAUGUGUACAGCAGAUUUCAUCUACAUCAGCCACAUGCACUCGGACCACCUUAGGUAA